AUUGUUAUCAAAAUACUAAUAAUUUUUUUUUAAAUUUCAAAAAUAUUACAUUCAGUAUGUCGUUUAAUUUGUAUUGUUUAAACUUAUGCUCGUAUGGUUUUAAACAUUUGUAUAAACCGUCAAUAUAUUCAAAGUGUAUUCAUACGUCUACUGUAGCCAAGAAAAUAACUCCACAAGAGGUAACCGCCAUUCUCAGCUCUAAAGAGCUUACUUACGAAUUUGAACCAAGUUAUGGUUCUAUAAAAGCGUAUGAAACAAAUCAGUUGGGGUCUAACGUCCCAAUCGAAGAUACUCGUGCCGAAGCAAAAUGUUUACUGACAUCGGGAAUGUUAUUUGGCGUGUUUGACGGCCAUGGUGGUCCGAGUUGUUCACACGUGAUAGCAAAACGGCUGUAUGAAUAUAUAUGUGUUAGUCUUUUACCAAAGCCAUUGCUUAUCGAAUACAUGGAAUCUGGUAACCAAUUGGUUGAAAUGCAAAACGAAACGUACGACUUGGUUGCCGAACUUAAAAAUGUAUACACUAAAAGUCUUAAGGCGUACGUGCUGAAGCUAAUCAACGAGCGGCAAGAACACCAGUUUAAAAUGGCAGAUGCUUUGGAAAAAGCUUUUCUGCAACUAGACGCUGACAUAUUGACCGAGACAACAUUAAAAACGGACAGUGAGAACAUUAACAAUCUAACAUUAAACGUAGGGUUGUCUGGAGCAGUUGCAUGUGUCGCUCAUAUCGAUGGUCCACAUUUACAUAUUGCAUCGGCUGGAGACUGUUUAGCUGUUAUCGGUGUGCACACAGACGACGAUACAUGGGUAGCCAAAGUAUUGGUCGAGGAACAUAACACUGAUAACUUAAAUGAACUUAACAGGAUACUCUCGGAACAUCCAUCCAACGAAAAGGAUACAGUGAUAAAAAAUGAACGGCUUCUCGCCCAACUUGCACCUUUAAGAGCUUUUGGAGAUCUAAGAUACAAGUGGUCAAGAGAAAUGUUGACCGAACAUAUUGUUCCUAAAUUUGGAGAAAAUGCAAUUCCGCCAUUCUACUAUACGCCGCCUUAUCUUACAGCAAAACCUCAAGUAGCUUAUCACAAUUUACAACCAAGAGACAGAUUUCUAGUUAUAGCGACGGACGGCCUUUGGGAUUUUAUGACACCGUUACAAGUCGUUCGAUUGGUCGGUGAACACAUGAGUGGAAAAGUUACCUUGACCCCCUUGAAGUUACCAAGAACGAAUAUGAAAUUAAACGACAUUAACAAUUUGCUUUUGCAACGAAAGGAAAGUUUAAAAAAAAAACCAGCCGAUGCAAAUGCUUGCACGCAUCUCAUACGUAACGCGUUAGGAGGUACUGAAUAUGGAGUGGAGCACGCGAAACUAUCGCAACUCCUGAAUUUGCCAAAAAAUAUUGUUAGGUCGUUUAGAGAUGACAUAACAAUUACCAUUGUCUAUUUUAAUAUAGAUUAUUUAAGGCAUCCUCAACCGUAGGACAGCACUUUUUAUAAACUGAUUUUGUCAAUUACAAAAAAAAAAAAAAAUACUCAUCAAUACCAUGUAAAUAACAAUUGAAUCUUUAUGUAUCGUUCUAAUUUUUUUUGCGCUCUUUUAAUGAUCGAUAUUAGUUUUAUAAUGUCGUCAUUAAACAUUAGACGAAAUCGACAAUACCUGUUUUCAGUUCACAAGUAUCGUUAAGACCUUAUAAUAUGUAAGUAUACACAACUGAUUUUUACGAGGAGCCUAUGAAUGAGUAUAUUUUUUUUCUAAAUACAAAUUAGUCAUUUAAUUUUAAUCAUAAACUAGUCUGAAAAAUAUAAACUUUUCAUGCAAUCGAAUACGGGUGUUUUAUUAUCAAUAUAAAUAUAUAUAUAUUUAUGUUUUUCGAAUUAUUGAAAUAUAUUAAGUAUUGCGAUUGCAAAAGUUAUCUGUCUUUAUAUCGAUGUAGUUAAUCAAAUUUUGGCAUAAGAUACUUAAGUUAAAUUAUUGUAUACUAAAAAAUACCAUCGUGUGGUUGAAUAAUAGUUCCUUUAAUAAAAAAAACCAUAAGGAAAAAUGUUUGUGUUUAAUAUUUUGUAAAGUUUUAUUUGCCAAAAAAUAAGAUUUAAACUGUAACGAAAAAUUCAGGAUAAAAACAUCGUGACUGUCUAGUAAAGUAUAUAUAUAUAAACGACAUUUUUUGGAACCAUCGGUCUUGGUGACGGUAGUGUCCAUGUUAUUACUGCUAAUGGCUGAACAAGAUUGUUAAUUGUUAACAAGUUUUUGUUUAAGCCAUGGCUGUCGCUCAACUAGCCUUGUAUGUACGAGUACAUACACACUCGUAUGUGACACACUUAGCAACAAUUCAUUUUGAACAAAUUAAAUAAUCGUUCUUUUAAUUAAAACACUGUCAAAGUAUUUUUCAUAAUUUGUAAAAAAAUUAUUCUAUUGUGCAUUAUCAG